GCUCCUUCCGCCUUCAGGUUCAUGUACCACCGGAUGUGCUGUUGGUAUUGCCGCAAGAAGAGAGUCGAGGAGAGCGCGGAGUCGCCUUCCAUGCUGCAGAAUCCUAGCGGCACGGCGGGACCUGCCACCCCGGCCCCCUACACCCCACCCCCCAAGUAUAAACCCAACCGCCGCAACAUGCUCAUUUCGCCGCCCAUCUCGGCCACCAUCCACCGCGGCUCCGACAACCCCCUGAAGGCGCCGUCGCUGGACUCCCCGAGCCCCUCGCCAGGCCCUCCCGCGACGCGCGCUCUGCAGUUCCCUUCGCAGAACCACGUCCUCCUCCCGGACAUGGAGGCGAAUCGCAUCGUGGCCGAGUGCGCGGCAUACACCAAGACCCACAUCCCCGGCUUCGUGGUGUCGCUCGACCCGGCGGCGAGCGACUGCCACGACUACGACAUGGUGACCGUGUCGACCCGCCUGUCGCCCAGCGUGUCCACUCGCCCUUCGCCCACGGCCUCUUCGCGGCCGACGCCCGAGCCCUCGUCUCCGCGGGCGCGAGAGACGCCGGCGGAGUGGGCGCUGGCGCGGGAGAACGGCGGCCCGCACAUCAUCAUUGAAUCAGAGAUGGAGCAGCCUUCCUCCAACCACUCGACGCGGCCCGGCUCGCCGGCGUUCACUAACUCCACGCACCACGCCUCUAGCACGUCGCUCACGAGCAUUGCAAGUCGGCCGUGCAACAAGCGGACCUCGAGCCCGUUCCUGGGCGCCACACUGUCCGGCGGGAUGGACCUCGACGAGCCUCCUUAUCCCCGCGUCGUGGAGAGGCCGCCGCGGUCCCCGGGAAAGACUCUCGUGGUAUACAAUACGCUCUCCGGGGACGCCCUUCUCGAGCAGAGCAAGAUCGUGCGCAAGAUGGCACUCAUGAACAAGGGAGGCUUCGGGCAAGUGCGCACCGACGUUACGACCGUCUUUACGGAUCCCAUCUCGGGCCAGGCGGUCGACGGCGAUAUGUUGGGGCUGAACUACCGCCCCAUUCCGCCCGACACGUCGGAUGCGGAAAACCGCGUGCCCAUCCCCAUCGUGCUGGGCUUUGUUGCCUCGUACCUGGGCAUCGGCUCCCUGCUGUUCGUAUGGCUGGAGGGAUGGUCCAUGCUAGACGCCUGCUACUUCUGCUUCAUCACCCUCUCCACCAUCGGCUUCGGCGACUUCGUCCCGGGCAAGUCGCUGGGCUACGAGACGCAGGAAGCGCAGAUCAAGUUGGUCACCGGGUCCAUCUACCUGGUGCUUGGCCUUGCCGUCCUUGCGAUGUCUUUCAACUUAGUGCAGGAAGAGGUGGUCCUAAAAUGCAAAGCGUUUGCUAACUGGAUAGGCCUUCUCAAAGACUGAGGUCUAACUUUAUUGAUAGUAUUGUUACUAGUUUCCGAAGAUAUCUCAGAUGGUAGUAACUACUUUGGUAGAACCGGAAACACAAAUGUCAAAUAGAUUUCUUAUCCCGUCUUGUUAUACGCAAUAUAUGUAUAUGAACAUGAUUUAUAAAUAAAUGAGCACAUGAGUAUCUCAUAUAGAGCGAAACACCCAUAAAACACACAAACACACAACACACACACACACACACACACAGACAAAUACACAUGUAUAUGUAUAUUAUUUAUUUAUUUAUAGGAUAUGCAUAAAGAUGAAUAACUACAGAUAUAUAGAUAUAGGAAUUAUCAUCACAUGACUACCUUAGCUAAAUUCGUUCCUGAAGUCCUUGACACAUAAGAACCAAUGCAAGAUUGCACACUGAUCUAGUCUGUUUAUCUAAUUUCAAAAAUAAUAAUGUCUCUAGGUGAUAAAAUGGCAAAUCUCAGAUCGACAUUUCCACCUGCAGAUCCAACAAAGAAUGACUCCUGUGUCACUAGAUAAUAAAAUAGGCAACUAGAUAAACAAAAUACAUGAAACACCACAUCAACAUCCAUGUUAACACAUCACAUUUUAGGAUGUUCAGUCUGGACAUAACCAAUCUAUAUACUGUGUAUAGAGAAACAGAAAAUGUUUAAUGUGCAAGGAAAAUGGCUGUGAUAAUUCUUUUCUCAGCUCUGCAAUAUGCUUUUUCUGGUUAUCUGUAUUGUGUUUAUUUGCUUAGCUUUUUGUGAGCUGGUGAGUGUUUAUAACAAUAUAAAAGUGAGUUUUGAUAAUGAAAUCUGCUUUCUGGUUGGAGACUUAUAAUAAACCCAGUUGAGUUAAUAGAUUUAAUAUUAAAAGCUCUAAGAUUGUUGCACAGUAAGCUUUACUCUCAAAAUCACAAAAUACAAAUGAAAAUCAAUAAACAGUCAAUAAUAUAAUUUAGUGUAUUGUAAUGUAGAGUAAUAAGACUUGUAGAGAAACAUGUGCAUUAAAAUCUUGAAUCCAGCCUUUUAUUCAGUAAUUCUGUCCUGAGAUUUUCAGAAAAAAAAAAAAAAAUCUAUAUAAAAAUCUGUAUAUCAGGGAAAUUAUUCCAGUACAACACACAUCUGUAAUAAUAUAGGGAACUUACAGUCAUAUGAACUUUUAUAAUUCCAUUCUCGAUUGUAGUUCAGAUUCCAGAUAUAGAAUUUUCCACAUGUUGUGAUAAUGAACCUUGGGAACGAAAGGGUACUCUUUGGGAUGGCAUUGUAAGUGGUAAAAAAAACAAUUCCCUCUAUACUAAAAUAAUAUGUAAUGUGCACUUGAAACAAUAUACUGUAAAAAGUGUGAUUGAUUUUAAGGAGCGUGAGCUGAUUUUUGUACAUAUUCGUUUUACAAUAUUCCCCCUGAUGUAUAUACUGGGUAGUGUUAUAAAACUAUUAUAGGUGAGCAAGGUUAAUGAACAAUUUGUUUCCAUCAACGAACUCUGUUUUAAAAAAUGAAUACACAAAAGUUAAAAGAAAGACAGAAGACAAAAAUAAAAAAUCUAUGAAAA